AUGAGAACCCUCGCUCUCCUGCUCGCCUUGUGCGCCAUUGCUUCGUCCAGAUACGUCGUCAAAAGAAGCAACUCGUACGGAGAUGAGGCUGUGACUCCAGCUGCCCCUGCCGCCCCCGCUGCUCCUGCUGACGCUGCCGCCCCAGCCGAGGCCCCAGCUGCUCCCGAAGCUCCCGCCGCACCAGCCGAAGAGGCUCCCAAGCCAGCCGAACAACCAGCUCCAUGUGGAGAGGCCAAGACUGAAGCCUCUGGAUACCGUGCCAAGCGAUCAAACUCUUAUGGAGAUGAGGCUGUGACUCCAGCUGCUCCCGCUGCCGCAGCUGCCCCAGCCGCCCCAGCCGAGACACCCGCUGCCCCUGAAGCCCCCGCUGCACCAGCCGAGGAAGCCCCCAAGCCAGCUGAGCAGCCAGCUCCAUGUGGAGAGGCCAAGACUGAGGCUUCUGGAUACAGAGCCAAGCGAUCCAACUCGUACGGAGAUGAGGCCGUGACUCCAGCUGCCCCAGCCGCCCCCGCUGCUCCUGCUGACGCUGCCGCCCCAGCCGAGGCCCCAGCUGCUCCCGAAGCCCCCGCUGCGCCAGCUGAGGAAGCUCCCAAGCCAGCUGAGCAGCCAGCUCCCUGCGGAGAGGCCAAGACUGAAGCCUCUGGAUACCGUGCCAAACGAUCAAACUCUUAUGGAGAUGAGGCUGUGACUCCAGCUGCCCCUGCCGCCCCCGCUGCUCCUGCUGACGCUGCCGCCCCAGCCGAGGCCCCAGCUGCUCCCGAAGCUCCCGCCGCACCAGCCGAAGAGGCUCCCAAGCCAGCUGAGCAACCAGCUCCAUGUGGAGAGGCCAAGACUGAAGCCUCUGGAUACCGCGCCAAACGAUCAAACUCUUAUGGAGAUGAGGCUGUGACUCCAGCUGCUCCCGCUGCCCCAGCUGCCCCAGCCGCCCCAGCCGAGGCACCCGCUGCUCCUGAAGCCCCCGCUGCACCAGCCGAAGAGGCCCCAAAGCCAGCCGAACAACCAGCCCCAUGCGGAGAGGCCAAGACUGAGGCUUCUGGAUACAGAGCCAAGCGAUCCAACUCGUACGGAGAUGAGGCCGUCACUCCUGCUGCCCCAGCCGCCCCCGCUGCUCCUGCUGAUGCUGCCGCCCCAGCCGAGACGCCAGCUGCUCCUGAAGCCCCCGCUGCGCCAGCUGAGGAAGCUCCCAAGCCAGCUGAGCAGCCAGCUCCAUGCGGUGAGGCCAAGACCGAGGCUUCCGGAUACCGAGUU